AACAAAGAAGAAAAGAUUAUGAAAUCACUUUGUUCUCUUUCAGAUGAGAAUUCUGUGUCUUUCUGGCUGUCAGGCAGGGGCAUCGUGGUUUCAAGUUGGAAAAUCAUGUAAUCAAAAAGGCAGAUUUUCUGAAUGGGUAUCUUACAGGAAACUGAAUUUUCCAGAGGAGUUAUCUAUAUGUUUUGUGGGAGAGUGACAAGGAACUGUGAGGUACCUUUUUUGUAGCAUAAAAGUCGGACAAUUUGCACGGGCAUUUUUUUCCACUUUCCUUCUGGAACUUGCUUCAUCCAGCUGACACUGCUUCGCAGCCUUAGGCAACUCUCAGACUCACAAAAGAAAUCAGUCCUAUUGGAGAUACACAGGUGAACUGGGAGGCCGAAAUGAUAAAAUUGCAGAUGUUGCUGUGUUUGGCUGGCGUCAAAAAUCACUCUGUCCCAUCCUCUUAUUGCUGGCAUCAGCUUCAGGACUGAAUGCCUCUCUCUCUUCACAUGGCAACAGAGCAGUGCCUGCAACAGAGCAGAAGACCUCCAGAGGAUGAACUCCCUGGUCAGUGCCUCGCACCUCCAGCUCACUGCCUUCGCUCUGGGUACAGUAGGCUGGAUCUUGUGCACCGUUUCAAUGGGAAUGGUGGAAUGGAGAGUGUGGCACGUGGACAACACCACCAUCAUCUCCUCUGGUGUUGCCUGGGUGGGGAUUUGGAAAGUCUGCUUCAUCAGUUACCUUCACGUCUCGCCUGGCUAUAGAGAACAGUUCUGCCAUAAAUUCAGUGGCUACGAGUCCUUCAUGCCCCAUGAAAUUUAUGCUGCUCAGGGUCUCCUGUUGAUCGCCAUGUUCAUGGGCUUGCUGGGACUGGCUGCUACAAUAUUUGCUCUGAGAAAUGUGUAUAUGGGAAUCACUCACAAGACUCUUAUUACCCCUUUCUUCCUGGUAGGUGGCUUCUUCUACAUAUUUGCUGGUCUGUGUGUCCUGAUUCCUGUGAGCUGGAAUUUCUAUUCUGUAACGCACAACCGGAGCAUUGCUUUUCCUCCUUCUUAUUACAUGCCCUCCAGCCCAGUGGCUCAGGAAGCUGGUGCUGCAAUUCCUGUUGGGAUUGUGGCUGUCAUCCUCCUGCUGCUAAGUGGGACUUUUUCUCUCUCAUACAGAUUUCCAGGGACCACAAACACUAUAACAAAAUCCUGGCAGGACAAAUCCCCCGUGCUAUUUCAGAACAAGAGCAUAGUCAAGAGAUAAGGACAGCAGGACGAGUGGUUGUAUAGUUAAGGAACUGCAGAAUUUAAUUUUAUUCUAUAGUAGCUAUUUUCUUACCUGAACCAGUUGAGUUACCAUCUUAAUGGUCACAUAUGACCAGAGGUUCGUCUUUGAGAUAACUGCUGUUGAGCAGCAACUGUGAUUAAAUUUUGCCAGUUGAUCUCUUUUGUAUGUACAAACACUACUGAUUAAUUUUUUUUUUGUGUGUGUAAACUAUUACAUGCUCAAGGAGCUGGCUC